GCCCAGGGCGGGGCGGGCGCUGCCGCCGCGCGGGGCCGUGGGUGGGGCGCGGCCGCCUCCGCCGCGGGGCCUGCGGGCGGUCGGUCCCGCCAUGGGGCAGUGCCUGCCCUGCCUGGGGGGCGCCGCCAAGGACGUGGUGGAGACGCCCGACCCGGAAAUAAAAAGAAGACAGCUGGCAGAAGCUGCUGAAAAGAGGCAGAUGGAGGCUUCCUCUCGAGGUAUUAAGAAUGCUUACUCUGUAGAGCAGAAGAAAAAGAAACAGGAAGAAAUAGAAAAAAGAAUGGCAGCUUCACGUCCUGGAGGAGAAGGAGGGCUGAGAUGGCAGGUGGGAUAACACGUGGCUUCCGAAGAGAAGAGGACUUUUAUUGCCCAUAACUUGCCAGUUUCUGCAGCCAAGUGGCACCUGCUCAUAAUGUGGCUUUUGCUGUUUCCAUAUGAAGACUCAGCAGUACUUUGCCAUUGUGGGACAACGUGUGGAAACAUUCACUAAAAAUCUUAAGAACUAACUCUGAACACUAAGGUUUUGCCAAUUUUGUUUGUUUGUUUGUUUGUGCAUGUUUUAUUGCUUCCCUGUCAAAGGAGUGAGAUGGGUUUUCUCACCUGGAAGUGGCCUCCUUACCUGCAGUCAGUCAGUAUGUGUGUGCUGUCUGGGCAGUUGAUGUCUGUCUGUCUGUCUGUCUGUCUGCGUAUGACUGGCUUAGGCACAGCUCAGGUUCCCACGCGUUGGUUUUGAUGCUUAUUUCAAGCUCUUCAAUAAGCUCUAAGUCCUCAUGUAGAAAGUUGUUCAUAAAUAUAUAUAUAUAUUUGAAUAUGCAGGUGACAGCAUUUCUCUUUCGUUUCCUAAUGACUUUUGAAAUGCUUAGGAAUUUAGUGCCUUUUUCAAAACAAAGAAAAGCAGGUUCAUGGUGAGUCCUUACAAAUAGAAUCAUUUUGUUACCAGUUAAAAAAAUAGAAACCUUUACAGAUCCUGUAUACAUAGAUCAAGAAUGCUGUUUUAUUAUGAGUCUAAUUAUUGUUCUCCUCAUUUUUCUGAUGUGAAUUUGAGUCUGUAAGUAUUUAUAAUGAAUUGUGGAAGUUAAACAUUAAAAAUCUUAUUAUUAA